GAUCCAAAAACGUGCCCGUCCUCGGCGGGUCUACAAGCCGACUAGUUUCAUCAUCACAGUCCAGUUCGCUGUGCAUCCACGGGAAGUCGGCACCCCAUCUUUGGAGAGCUCGGAGCUGGCUUGCUCCCACCGUCCUGGUCGGCCGAGGGACAGCGACAUUCCGAUUUCGAAAUCAAUAACCCGCACGCGACCGCUGCCUGGCUAAAUCGCCGAAGCGAACCGCCCCCAGAUCAAGAUCAGUCCACCACGUAGCCCACGUCUCCUUCCUCCCGAAGUAAACAGAGUUGGAAAUCCCCCCUCUCUCUCCCUCGUCGCUGCUCCUCUCCAAAUCCCCUGAACCCGCCUCUCCCCGGAGGAACCGCGGCGGAGGAGAGAUGUCGUACGCCUACCUCUUCAAGUACAUCAUCAUCGGCGACACAGGUGUCGGCAAGUCGUGCCUGCUGCUGCAGUUCACCGACAAGCGCUUCCAGCCCGUCCAUGACCUCACCAUCGGCGUCGAGUUCGGCGCCCGGAUGAUCACCAUCGACAACAAGCCCAUCAAGCUCCAGAUUUGGGACACGGCAGGCCAAGAAUCAUUCAGAUCGAUAACUAGAUCGUACUACAGGGGAGCUGCUGGCGCUCUUUUGGUUUAUGACAUCACCAGGAGGGAAACCUUUAAUCAUCUUGCAAGCUGGCUGGAAGAUGCAAGGCAACAUGCAAAUGCUAACAUGACAAUAAUGCUAGUUGGAAACAAAUGCGACCUAUCUCAUAGGCGUGCCGUGAGCUUCGAGGAAGGCGAGCAGUUCGCCAAGGAGAAUGGUCUCAUCUUUAUGGAGGCGUCUGCAAAAACUGCACAAAAUGUCGAGGAGGGCUUUGUCAAGACUGCUGGAGCAAUAUAUAAGAAAAUUCAGGAUGGUGUCUUCGAUGUAUCUAAUGAGUCCUAUGGAAUCAAAGUUGGCUAUGCAGUUCCUGGCCAAGCUGGAGGUGCUGGUGCCUCGUCUUCCCAAGGUGGCAGCUGCUGCGGCUAAUGGAGCAAUCCAUGAUCAAUGAUGUACAAAAUCGCAUGGCAUGUGUUACAAUACCUGUUACAUUAUUUCGAGUUGCCGAGUGAUUGUAACUCCAGGGUGCUUUGUUAUUUCACGCGCCUAUGGAUUAUGUUCCAGUAAGCUAGUCAAAAUAGGUUCAGUUCAUUUCCUUAUACUGUAUACAAUCACUGUAAUCCAUCAGAUGCUUCCAGUCGUGUCAUGUAGGAUUCAUGAAUUGUAUCCAUUUGCAUGUGUGAUUAAAUAAGAAUGUAUGAUUCAAUGUGUA